AUGGCCUUAGACCUCCUCGACAUCCCGCUGAACAGCUUCUUGGAGCAAGCCCUCGGCAAAGAUGAGGACGCCUGGCCCCCGGAGGCGCGCUUCGUGGUCGCCGCCCACCGCGGCAACGUCGGCCGCCUCAAGGAGAUCGCCAGGAGGCUGGACAAGAACGGGAAGCGCGGGGUCGACGCCACGGUGGCCGCCACCACCUUCCAAGGCAUGAACGCGCUCCACGCCGCCGUCCGUGGGCUCGGCAAGCUCGCCGUCUGCCGCUACCUCGUCGACCAAGUCGGGAUGGACGUCAACAUGUGGGACACCUCCGAAAGCAAGAAGACGCCCCUGGAGCACGCCGUGGCCGGCGGCAACCUGCCUGCCGCCAGGUUCCUUCUUGACCAUGGUGCCGAUCUCCAUCAGGAAAAUGAAAAGGGCGUCACUGUUAUUCAUCUGGCUGCAAUGAAAGGCAAGUCUGAAAUAGUAAAGCUGCUGCUUUCUAGAGGAGCUGAUGUCGACGCCAAAUCAGAAGAAGGGACACCACUGCAUUUGGCUGCUGUUAAAGGACAUGAGAGUACUGUGGAGGUUUUGUUGGAGCACCAUGCAGAUAUCAACAAGCUUGUGCCUUCUUGUCUAUUAACACCUGUGGAAGCUGCAGUAUUUGCUGCUUCUACGCCUUGUGCAAAGCUAUUGAUUCAGGCUGGAGCUAAUGUGAAUGGUGUUAAUCAUUGCUUGGCAAGAGCUGCAAAAGAUGGCUUAACUGAAAUCACUAAGUGCUUGUUGGAGGCAGGUGCAGACCCAAAUCGUCCUGAUGAGCGUGGUCGAAUGCCGAUAGAGUUAGCCGCUGUGUAUGGUAGAAGGGAAGACGUCGAGCUGCUGUUUCCGUUCACGUCCCCAAUUCCAAAUGUUGCAGACUGGAGCGUUGAUGGGAUAAUCAAUCAUGCCAAACUGGAGAACAUGCAGCUAAUGGAUGAUGAUGCGGUUAACAUGAGAAAGUCUGACCUGAAACAGCAAGGGGAUGAAGCAUUUGAGAAUCAGGAUUACACAAAGGCGUCGGUGCUCUACACAAAGGCACUCAGGGCUGAUCCUUACGAUUGUAAAAUGCUCGCCAACAGGAGCCGCUGCUGGCUCCGCUUAGGAGACGGGCAGAAGGCUCUGGAGGACGCGAUCAAAUGCAAGAUAAGUAACAGGGACUGGGCAGAGGCACACCACCGCGAAGGAGAAGCCCUGAUGAUGCUGAAGGAGUAUGAGAAAGCUUGCGAGGUUCUUACGCGCGGCCUGGAGCUGGACCCCGAGAACGACGAGAUGGACAAGUUGUUCUGGGAGGCGAUGAAGCUGAAGAAGAAGUGAUGCCUGCACGUCCGCGACGCUGCGAAGUGGAAGCCCUUUUUUGUGUUCUCUGACAUGAUUACAGACUACUUUAAGUCAGGAGUAGUAGCAGCAUGUUGCUGUUAAGGCUGCAUACUACAAUGGCUCAUGCUGUCAUUUUGGUGACGGUCUAGUAGACUCUGGAACUAGUAGAAGCAGCAGUGGGUUACUGGCAGUUUUUGAGAUGUUUGUGCCCUGGGUGGCUAUGAUACAUGCAGAUGCAACAACUUUUCUACUCUCACUGCAUCCAGUUUUUUUUUGUGAGAGGAUGGUGGAUGAGGAUGGGUUGAAUUUAGGAUGU